AAUGAAAAGAGGAAAGUCGAGCUCACCGUCUCGUGAAAUGCUAUGGUUCUUUUACAAAGCAUGCGAUAACGAGAGGAUAACUGGGAACAGACUACAAAUUCACACCAGUAAGGAGCGGCUGUUUGUUUGUCUUUAGCUGGAAAAUGAUGGAGACCGCAAGACGAAUUAGAACAAGGGAUUACUCCUGGAUUGCUCUACGUUUGGCUCUACUGGCGUUUUUUGGAAACCAGGUUUUGGCAGAAAUAAGAUAUUCCAUUCCAGAGGAAGUGAAAAGUGGAACUAUUGUUGGAAAUGUUGCAAAAGAUCUUGGUCUUGACAUCGCUUCACUGGUUGACCGGCGAUUCCGUGUUGCACUCGAAUCUAAGGAGACGCUGUUUGAGGUAAACCAGGACAAUGGGGCUCUGUAUGUAGAUAAGAAGACUGACAGAGAGGAGCUCUGCCAAGACACCGGGGCCUGCUUAAUGGAGCUCAAAGUCAUUGUCGAGAAUCCUUUAGAAAUACACUAUGUAUCUGUAGAAAUAACCGAUGUAAAUGACCACUCUCCGAGCUUUCCAGAAAAAGAGCAGAUGUUUGAAAUCGCCGAACACACGCUGCCUGGGAAGCGAUUUCAGCUCCAAUCUGCUCGUGACCCUGAUGCUGGAAUAAACUCAAUUCGCACAUACACAUUAGCAACAAACGAAUACUUUGAUAUAGAUAUUAGUCAAAGCGAUGAAGAUAAAAUACCCUUUUUGGUGCUUAAAAAGUCCUUAGACAGAGAAAAAAAAGAUAAACACUUGCUGACAGUCACAGCAAUUGAUGGAGGAAAACCUCAAAGAUCAGGAACUCUAAAUGUUUCAGUUACUGUACUAGACAGUAACGACAACAGUCCGAUGUUCACCCAAGAUACUUAUCAAAUAGAGAUUUAUGAAAAUGCCCCCGUUGGCACGACUGUUGCAACUGUGAAUGCAAGAGAUCCAGAUGAAGGAACCAAUGGAGAAAUAGUUUACAGCCUUGGAAAAACACUGAGAAGAAAGGUGUAUGACAUUUUUGAGCUGGAUAGUUUAAACGGACAAAUUAAACUGAAACAAUCAUUAGAUUUCGAGGAAUCAGAAAUUUAUAAAAUUGAUAUUGAGGCUUCAGAUAAAGGAACACCUCCCUUAACAGGAAGGUGUAGAGUGAUUAUUAAGGUGAGAGACGUUAAUGAUAAUACACCUGAAAUAGAAGUCACAUCUCUGUCUAAUACAGUGUCCGAAGAUUCAAAGCCUGGCACAAUUAUAUCUCUAAUCACAGUAAAGGAUAAAGACUCUGGUGUGAAUGGGAAAAUAAUUUCGCAGAUAACAAAAGAUGUACCUUUCGAAUUAAAACCCUCCUAUAAAGAAAACACGUUUUCUGUCGUUACGAAAGGAUUUUUGGAUCGAGAAGAGGUGUCUUAUUAUGAAAUAACAGUUAAGGCCACCGACUGUGGUGAGCCGCCAUUAACGACUUAUAAAACACUGAGCAUUCAGAUAUCAGACGUAAAUGACAACAGUCCACAGUUUAACCAAAAUCCUUUAUAUGUUUAUCUUUUGGAAAAUAACGCUGCAGGCGCAUCUAUAUUUUCUGUUAGAGCAACCGAUAAUGAUAUCAAUGAAAACGCUGUAAUUUCUUACAAUAUCAUUCAAGUAGGGAAUGAAAAGGGUGUAACAUCUUUCCUGAAUAUUAACUCUGAUAAUGGACACAUCACAGCUCUGAAGAGUUUUGACUUUGAAACUCUGAAAAAGUUUCAGUUCCAAGUUGUCGCUACAGAUUCUGGAACUCCGUCACUGAGCAACAACGUGACAGUCAACGUGUUCAUUCUGGAUCAGAACGACAACGCUCCAGUCAUUCUGUAUCCACUCAGCUCCAACGGUUCUGCUGAAGGUGUGGAGGAGAUUCCACGGAAUGUCCACGCAGGACACUUGGUGACUAAAGUCAGAGCCUAUGAUGCUGAUAUAGGAUAUAACGGCUGGUUACUGUUUUCACUGCAGGAAGUUACUGACCACAGUCUGUUUGGUUUGGACCGCUACACAGGACAGAUCAGAACACUUCGCUCAUUCACAGAGACAGACGAGGCUGAGCACAAACUGGUCAUACUGGUCAAAGACAAUGGGAACGUUUCACUGUCAGCAACAGCUACUGUGGUUGUCAAAGUUGUGGAGCCAAAGGAGGCUUUUGCAGCUUCUGAUGUGAAAAGUGCAUCAAAGGAUGAUGACAGUAAUGUGACUUUUUAUCUGAUGAUAACUUUAGGAUCCGUUUCAGCGCUUUUUAUCAUCAGUAUCAUUGUUCUUAUUGCAAUGCAGUGCUCCAAGUCCACAGACUAUACAUCUAAAUAUCUGGAGGAUAAAAAUUAUGAUGGGACACUGUGUCACAGCAUCCAGUACAGAUCUGGAGACAAACGGUACAUGUUGGUUGGACCCAGAAUGAGUAUAGGAUCUACUAUAGUCCCUGGAAGUAAUGCAAAUACUCUGGUUCUACCUGACAGGAGAAAAGCAUCUGGAGAGGUAAGACUGAAAACAAACAUUAUGUCCACUGUGCUUGGAGAUAUUGAAAUCCUUGCCUAUUUUGUCCUAUGUCUAAAAAACAUGUUGAUAAUAAUGUACAGAAUCUAA